AAAUUAGAAAAAAAUUCCUCCGCCGCGGCGACAGAGAGAAAGAAAACUUUAAACUUCUGGUGUGUUUUAAAGGCGUGUCUGGGAUAAAAUCAACAACUAUAACGAGUAAUGCGAAUUUUCUAAAGCGACGACAGACAGAUAUAACACAGAUAUAAGCGUUUAACAAGUUUCCCCCCCCCAUUUUCUUCUUCAGGCGGACGAUAGAUCCCCGCUGACUUCAGCGGAAGGAUAUGCGGAUCUCGGCUCGCGGUGGCUGUGAGCUCAGAGAGGUGGAAGACUUUUUCACCGCCGUGUGUGACUCGUACAACUUAAACUUAUGUGUAUUUUAAACGCCUUUAUCGGGGACGACGUGGAGGAACACAUGUAAAAAAAAAAAAAAGGAAAGAAGAUGAAGUGAUUUUACUACGUGUAGUUUAACAGUGUACGACCUAUUUUCCAGCGAGAGUUUGCCUGUUUUUGUUGUGUUUUUUUUUUGAGAAGCAACCGUCCCGGGAGACAGCUCAAUUUUGGGGCUGGCGACCUUAUGUGGAUUUUACAGAAAAUAUGGAGCAGCUCCCCGGUUUCUCCUCGGGCAAAUCGCUAGUCUUUGUCUUCUGCCUCGUCCACCUCUCCUUGGCUCUGCAGUGUGUGGAUGAUAAGGCGCCUUGUGUUAACAACGCUACGUGUCUGACCUUCAACAAUGGCACUGGAUACUGCAGGUGUGCACCAGGCUUUCUGGGAGAGUACUGCCACCAUAAGGACCCGUGUCAACCUGGCUACUGCCUGAAUGGAGGGAACUGCUCUGUGUCCAUGUUAGCUGGUGUACCUGUACCAGGCAGCGCCGUCUGCACCUGCCCUCUCGGCUACACUGGACAGCACUGCCAAACUCCCCAGAACUCCACGUGUUACCCCAACAACCCCUGUGCCAACAGAGGUGUCUGCACUCUGCUGUCCCUCGAUAAGUACAAGUGCGAGUGUGCCAGGGGAUGGACAGGACCGCGGUGUGAGCAUGAAGACAGCUGUCUAUCUAGUCCCUGCGCCAACGGUGGAAUAUGCAGCUCUCUGUCUGGUGGUAGCUACACAUGUUCAUGUCCUCCUGGAUACACAGGUCCUCGCUGCCAUAAUGACACAGAUGAAUGUGCUGCCACACCCUCUUUAUGCCAGAAUGAAGGAGAAUGCUUAAACACACAUGGCUCCUACAAGUGUAUCUGUGCUCGGGGGUUUACUGGCACACACUGUGAAAGCUCAUACAUCCCUUGUUCACCUUCACCUUGCCUAAAUGGAGGCACCUGCCACCAGAACUCUGAAACCAGCUACUCAUGCCACUGCCUUCCAGGUUUCAAUGGGACUAACUGUGAGAACAACAUUGAUGACUGCCCCGGUCAUCAGUGUGAAAAUGGAGGAACCUGUAUGGACGGAGUCAACACCUACAACUGCCAGUGCCCUCCAGAGUGGACAGGUCAACAUUGUACAGAAGAUGUAAAUGAGUGUCGCCUGCAGCCAAACACUUGCCAGAAUGGAGGUACCUGCAGCAACCUCAUCGGCAGCUAUGUCUGUGUGUGCGUUAAUGGCUGGAGUGGACCAGACUGCUCUGAAAACAUCGACGACUGCGCUACAGCAGCGUGCAGUUCCGGCUCCACAUGCAUCGACCGCGUCGCAUCCUUUGUCUGUCUCUGCCCGUACGGAAAGACAGGUUUGCUCUGUCAUAGAGAUGAUGCCUGUAUCAGUAACCCCUGUAGGGAGGGCUCUCACUGUAACACCAACCCCAUCAGUGGCAUGUUCUACUGUAACUGUCCACCCGGAUAUAUAGGCAGCACCUGCAACGUGGACAGAGACGAAUGCAGCAUUGGUACCAACCCGUGUGAGCAUGGUGGUCAGUGUGUAAACACUGAUGGUUCCUUCACCUGUAACUGUGUCAGGGGUUAUUCUGGGCCCCGCUGUGAACAAGAUGUCAAUGAGUGUGCUUCGAACCCCUGCCAGAACGAUGGCACAUGUCUGGAUCGCAUUGGGGACUACACCUGCAUCUGCAUGCCCGGAUUUGAGGGGACUCAUUGUGAGAUAGAGGUGAAUGAAUGUCUCAGCUCCCCCUGUUUGAACCAGGGUAAAUGUCAGGACCAGGUCAGCCGGUUUGUCUGCGAGUGCCCAGCAGGCUUCAGUGGUGAAAUGUGCCAGAUUGACAUAGAUGAGUGUUCCAGCACACCGUGUUUAAAUGGGGCCAAGUGCAUCGACCGUCCCAACGGAUAUGAUUGUGAAUGUGCUGAAGGCUUCACUGGUCUACUUUGUGAGGAGAACAUCAAUGACUGCGUACCAGAGCCAUGCCACCAUGGUGUGUGUAAGGAUGGCAUCGCCACCUUCUCCUGUGAGUGCUAUCCUGGAUACACAGGGUCCAUCUGUAAUAUCCAGGUCCAGGAGUGCCACAGCAACCCUUGUCAGAACCGAGGACGCUGCAUCGACCUGGUCAAUGCCUACCAGUGUAACUGCCCACAGGGAACCACAGGGGUGAACUGUGAGAUCAAUGAAGAUGACUGUGCCAGCAACCCCUGUGAGUACGGAGAGUGCCAGGAUGGAAUUAACGAGUACAAAUGUGCGUGCACGCCAGGAUAUACAGGAGUUAAAUGUGAUGUGGAGAUCAACGAGUGUAACUCAAACCCGUGUAUGAGUGGGGGAACUUGCGUGGACAAGGUCAACGGGUUCCACUGCCUGUGCCCGCCCAGCACCCACGGCCCUCUGUGCCUCUCUGGGACCGACCACUGUGCUCCUCAGCCUUGUGUGCACGGUGAUUGUAUUGAACAGCAACACGGGUACCGUUGUGAGUGUGAAGCUGGCUGGGUGGGACAACACUGUGAGCAGGAAAAGGAUGAGUGCCAGCCCAGUCCGUGCCAAAAUGGUGGCACCUGUUUGGACCGACAUAAUGGUUACACCUGUCAGUGCCAACCUGGAUUCAGAGGUGUGAACUGUGAGAAGAACAUAGAUGAGUGUGCAUCCGGGCCCUGUCUGAACCAAGGCAUUUGUACGGAUGGAGUGAACAGUUACACCUGCCAGUGUAGUCCGCCAUUUACAGGUAAACACUGCGAGGUGGAACAGGUUCCCUGUGCCUCUCAUCCAUGUGAGAGGGGAGGAGUGUGCCGCCCAUCUGCAGACUACACCUCCUACACCUGUAGAUGUCCCGCUGGUUGGCAAGGUACACGCUGCAGUGAGGAUGUGAACGAAUGCAGAGAGAACCCAUGCAAAAAUGGCGGUCAUUGCAUAAACAGCCCGGGCAGCUACACAUGUAAAUGUCAAUCUGGAUACAGCGGACACAACUGUCAGACAGACAUUGACGACUGCACACCCAACCCAUGCCUGAAUGGAGGCUCUUGUGUGGACAGGGUUGGGAGCUUCUCCUGCGUCUGCCGCCCGGGUUUUGAAGGAGAGCGCUGUGAGACUGAGGUAGACGAGUGCGCCAGCCAGCCCUGCAAGAACGGUGCCAUCUGCCGGGACUACGUCAACAGCUUUGUGUGCGAGUGCAAAUCAGGCUUUGAUGGAAUCCUGUGUGAGCACAACAUCCUCGAAUGUACUGAGAGCUCCUGUCUGAAUAAUGGGACUUGCAUUGAUGACAUCAACAACUUCUCUUGCCGUUGCCGUCCUGGUUUUUAUGGAAAGUUCUGUGAGUUCGAGCAGAAUGAGUGUGACUCUCAGCCCUGUAAAAAUGGAGGCACCUGCACAGAUGGCCUGGGUACCUAUCGCUGCACCUGCCCCGUUGGUUACAAUGGACAGACCUGCCAGAACUAUGUGAACCUGUGCAACCAGGUGCGCUGUCACAACGGCGGCUCCUGCUCUCAGACAGCAGCAACCUCGUGGACCUGCCACUGUACAAUGGGAUGGACGGGACUUUACUGUGACGUCCCUAACAUGUCAUGCCAGGACUUUGCUGCCACUAAUGGUCUGGAAGUGGAAAGUGUGUGUAAGAACGCCGGGCGGUGCGUGAAUGUGGGUAAUUCCCACAAGUGUGAGUGCCAGCCAGGAUACACAGGCAGCUACUGUAAAGAGAUGGUCGAUGAGUGCAAGUCAAACCCGUGUCGCAAUGGAGCUACAUGCAAAGACUAUCAGGGCACAUACGAGUGUAUAUGUAAACCAGGCUACCAGGGGGUGAACUGUGAGUAUGAUGUUGAUGAAUGCCACUCGAAGCCCUGUCUCCAUGGAGGAACAUGUAUCAACCUCAUCAACCGCUUCACUUGUGCCUGCCCACCUGGAACACAUGGGCCCCAAUGUGAAGUGAACGUGGAUGACUGUGCCCCCAAGCAAGGCUACUGGGAACCUCGUUGUCUAAAUGGAGGACAGUGUGUGGACGGUGUGGGCCGUUACACGUGCUCUUGCCCUCCGGGAUUUGUAGGAGAACACUGUGAGGGGGAUCUCAACGAAUGCCUGUCUAGGCCUUGCCACUCCCCCGGCAGCCUCGACUGUGUGCAGUUGAUCAACAAUUACCAAUGUCGCUGUCGCCUCGGAUACACAGGUCGUCAUUGUGAGUCCAUGGUGAAUCUCUGUUUGUCUAAGCCGUGCCACAAUGGUGGCGUCUGCUCUAUGAACAUGAGCUCUGUACAUGGCUACACCUGCACCUGUGUACCUGGCUUUACUGGGUUCAACUGUGGUGAAAUAGAAGGCUACAGUUGUGCAAAGCUGCGAUGCCAGAAUGGUGGGCGCUGUGUGGAGACCCCAGUUGGCCACCUGUACUGCCAGUGCCAACCAGGUUUCAGUGGGCCGCACUGUGAGAAUGAACAGAGGUGUCUGUGGACCUGCCAAAACGGAGGAACCUGCAUCAAAGACCCAUCCAACCCAUACCAGUACAGCUGCCGGUGUCCAACGCACUUCUACGGACAAUACUGUGAGAAGAAACAAGUCCUAUUAGGCCCUCCAAUCUGCCCCUAUCUGCAGUGUAAACAGCAUUCAGGGGACAAAGUGUGUGAUGAUCAGUGUAACAACCAUGAGUGUCAGUGGGAUGGAGGAGACUGCUCGCUCAACUGGCCGCAGCCAUGGGUUAACUGCACCGCCAGUGUUCCCUGCUGGGAUCGCUUCAAGAAUGGAAAAUGUGAUAAGGAGUGUGACAACUCUGGGUGCCUCUUUGACAGCUUUGAGUGCCAGGAGACCCCACCAGCCUCCUGCAAGUAUGACAGGUACUGCGCCGACCACUACGGUAAUGGCCUCUGUGACCAGAGCUGCUACACAGAGGCUUGUGGCUGGGACGGCCUGGACUGUUCUGGUGACACCCCAGCCAAAAAGGUGGAUGGCACUCUGAUUAUUGUGGUUCGUCUGCAGCCUAAGGAGCUGCUUGGAGACUUGAGGGGUUUCUUGCGCUCCCUGGGAGCCCUGCUUCACACCAACCUGCAGGUAAAGCUGGAUGAUGAUAAGAAGCCAAUGGUGUACCCUUACCAUGGGGUGGAGGUCGAGCACGGGCGACAUGUACAGAGAAGCAGAAGUAAGCGGGAGCUGGAGAGAGAGGUUAUUGGAUCUGUUGUGUACCUGGAAAUUGACAACCGUGAAUGUUCCCAGAGCUCUGCCAACUGUUUCUCCAACACUGAAGAGGCUGCGUCCUUCAUCGCAGCAGCGCACAUCAAGGCUGAUCUGCCUUACCCUCUAGUGUCUGUUAAAAACAUCUCUUCUCUAGGUGAACCCAAAGACCUGUCUGUGAUUCCGAUUCCGAUGAUCCUGGUCGGAGUGGCAGUGGUUAUUAUUCUGCUUAUCCUGGUGAUGGGGAUGCUCGCAGCCAAGAGGAAACAUAAACAUGGAGUCCUGUGGCUGCCUGAUGGCUUCUCGGCCAGUAAAAAUGACAAGAGGAGAGAGCCUGUCGGACAGGAUGACUUUGACAUGAAGAAUUUCAAGACCCAGGAUGGAGCCAUGAUUGAUGGAGGUCAGGGUCAGAGAUGGCUGGAAGACGUCCCAUCCAAGAAACCAAGAACUGAAGACAAACCCUUGCUGCCCAUCGCUAUGGAUGGAGGUGUUGACCGAAGGGAGUGGACCCUACAGCAUCGCAAGGCUGCUGACAUCACCCUCACUCCGCCACAGGCCGACCUGGAUGCUGACUGUCUAGACGUUAACGUCAAGGGACCUGAUGGCUUCACCCCACUGAUGUUGGCAUCACUGCGUAAUGGUGGAGGGCCGGACUGCAGCUUGCACGGAGAAGAGGAAGAAGAAAGUGGAGGAGAUGAACCAGGACCAAGUGUUAUUUCAGACCUGAUCGCUCAGGGUGCUUCUUUGAUUGCUCAGACUGACCGUACGGGAGAAACCGCGCUCCACUUGGCUGCCCGCUACGCCAGGGCAGAUGCCGCUAAGAGACUGCUGGAUGCUGGAGCUGAUCCUAAUGCCCACGACAACAUGGGCAGAACUCCACUGCAUGCCGCCGUGGCGGCUGAUGCCCAGGGAGUCUUCCAGAUAUUGAUCCGUAAUCGUGCAACAGAACUGGAUGCCCGCAUGAAUGAUGGCACUACUCCGCUGAUCCUGGCAGCCAGGCUAGCUGUGGAGGGCAUGGUGGAAGAGCUGAUCCACUGCCACGCUGACAUCAAUGCUGUAGACGACCACGGCAAAUCCGCUCUGCACUGGGCAGCUGCAGUUAAUAAUGUGGAGGCAACUCUUGUCCUUUUGAAGAAUGGAGCCAACCGUGACAUGCAAGACAAUAAGGAGGAGACGCCACUGUUUCUUGCAGCCAGAGAAGGGAGCUUUGAGGCGGCUCAAGUUCUCCUCGACCACUACUCCAACCGUGACAUCACAGAUCACCUGGAUCGGUUGCCCCGCGAUACAGCUCAAGAGCGUAUGCAUCAUGAUAUAGUGCGCCUGCUGGACCAGUACAAUUUGGUUCACAGUCCACACAAUGGGCCUAACCACAUGGGUGGAGGAGGAAACUCCUCCGUCAUGUGCGGGGCCAACGGAUCAGGCUUCAUCGGCAUGCGCCCCGGGCCGCAGGGGAAGAAAAGCAGGAGGGGUGGAGGUGGAACCAAGGUGGGAGGAGUUGGCGGGGGAGCUAAAGAGCUGAAAGACAUGAAGGCAAAGAGAAGAAAGAAGCCUGCUGGAGGAGAUGGGCCAGGUGUCAGCGCUGGAGUGGGAGGAGGAAGUGUAGGAGGUACAGGAGCAGGGAGCGCAAAUGGCGUAAAGGCAGCAGGAGGACUUCCAGAGAGCUCUGUCACCAUGUCACCUGUUGACUCUCUGGAAUCGCCACACUCGUACACCGGCGACGUGUCCGGCGCCGUCUCAACCACGGCAAACUCCCCUCCUAUCCUGAGCAGCCCGACCUCCAGACCUAUGCUGCCCCCCGUCAGCCACAUGCUGGGACAGCAGCAGAGCUGGGUGGGCAUGACCAAGCACGGCUACAGCAGCCACAUGUUCGGCCUCGUACCGCACCAGAUGGGGGGAUCUCACCCUGGCAUGGGACAGCACCACAGCCAGGGCCCGAUGCUGACUCCCAUGAACGUCACCAUGAGCAGAGAGCAGCUACCGCCCAUCGUCACGUUCCAGAUGAUGGCCCCUGGAGGAGGUCAGGCCAUGCUGAAGCAGCCUCAGCCGGGGCAGGUACAGGUCACGCAGUCCCAGGGGCAGAACCAGAAUCAGGGUCACUCCCAGCAGGGUCCUGGCCACCUCCACUGCUCCCAAAGUAUGAUGUACCAGAUGCCUGAGCAGAUGAGCAUGACGCACGGGCUCCCCCACACCCUGCAGCACCCCCACACCGUCAGCCACGGAGGCCACGGGGGGAUCGAGGGCCAGUCUCGGCCGCUGCCCUCCUAUCCACCCAUGCAGAGCCCUGUGGAUAAGUACCCGACCCCGCCCUCCCAGCACAGUUACACCACCGCUGGCUCAGAGGGCACCACCCCCGGCCACUCUGCCCAUCCACCCAGUGAGCACCCGUAUCUCACCCCUUCGCCCGAGUCCCCGGACCCUUGGUCGUCCUCUUCACCACACUCCAACUCGGACUGGUCAGACGUCACCACCAGCCCCACCCCUCUGGGGAACCCCCACCAUGCACUGCCGUCUUCACACCACACACACAUUCCGGAGCAGGUGCAGCUGCAGCCGCAGUCGCAACAGAUGCAGCAGGCCUCUCAACAGCCUCAGCUCGGAAACAUGCAGGUGUUUGCGUAGGAUGGCCAGAGGAAAGCAUAGACAGACUGACUUUGGGGUUCUGUGUAGUUAAAUGACAACACAUAGUAACUCAUACAGUGCUUUUCUCACUUAUCUUGUCAACUCUCUUUGUUCUUCAUUAUAAUAAUUGAUCACCUCCCCUUUUAUGUUUUCUUCUCCUCUUUGCACUUAAGAAAACUGUGUAUAGUUUCUAAAAACUGUCAUUGAGUAUUAUCAGCUAGAAAGCAAAAGUUCUCAAUACCAAAAAAGCAUAGGGUCUGUCUCGAGCUAAAAUCAGUUUUCCAUGUAGUGCCUUCAAUCCUCUGCUCUCUGUUGGCUGAGUCGAGACUUUUCUUUUCGGCCUUUGGCACCCAAACACAAACUGUUUAUUGAGGGAUCAUCGAGGAACUGCCGACCAGAUGGCAGCCGGCUGGUGUUGCAUCAGACUGUUGACAUGGACACUGGGACGGAGCCGAGGACGCUCUGCAGUGAUAUUGUCUGUUUUGGAGAAUUUUGUUCUGCUAUUUUCUGUCUUUAUGUUUUUGUGUUUAAUGUGAUAAGCCUGCCAAUACUAACUCCUCGUCGAAAAAAAACAUUCACUCUACUUUUUUUCAAUAUGAUGGGUCACAUUCAGUUGAUGCUUUAAGUAAGCAUAACUACCUAGUUGUUGCCUUAUUGUUUUUUUUACUCAUGCAUUUGUUUUAUGCGUUAAAGUGGGAAUUUUAUAAAAUGCUGUUGCAUGACUAGAAAGACAAACAUCAAGAUUAAUUACAGAUUAUAUAGAAUGCCUCUUGUUACUAAAUGGCUCUGCACUUGUACCAGGGUUAGGGUUAAAUGUAUUUACUGCAUUGAUUGUAUUUACUGCAGUUUAUAGAUGUUAGCGUUUCCCAUCAAACAUGAUCAUGCAGCGAGAGCACAGUGCAUCGCCCAUGUGUUUGGGUUAGUUACUGUUACAGAGGUACAAGAGUUGAUUUGAAAACUAAAUCAGUUGUUUUAGAUGCAGUUUUGAUCUUGUCUUGCCACAGACGGUGCCACUAUUAAUAUUCAUGUGUUGUUGAGGGAUUCAUUCAGAAGCUUGACAAACUUUAUGCAAAUACAUACAUUAGUUUAGUAUGUUUUAUGUUGAAAUGUACAUAGACUUACAGCACAUUAUGCUUGUUGUUACUGAGCUCCAUUUGGCAAAGACAUGUUGACUUUUUUCUGUUUUUUAUAUGAAUUCUGUUCGCACUUCUUGAAUGAUUCUGAAUGUUACAGAGGUGCAUGUUUUUACCUUUUAAACCGCCUCUUUUUUUAAACGUUACUUCUUCCAAAAUCAUUUAACCAGUUUUGCCUUUUGCUUAACUACAAUCAGUGUAAUCUGUGCACCUUUUUUUUAAUUGUCAUGAUUCAUAAACCAAGUCUGGAGGUGAGUGAGGUGUAAUAAAGUAUUUUUUUUUUUUUUUGUCUUCCUCUUAAAGUUGAUGUUGAUCAUAGCUUUGUGUAACUGCUCUGUAAACACAGACAAUCAAACUUCAAAAAGGAACAUCAGCGUCUCUAAGACCAAAUUCAUAUUUUCAGCCAAAAAAUUUACAUCACAUCCACUUUUUUCGUCAGUUGUCGCCCUCGUUUCAGUUCAUGCUGUGAUGUAUUUAAGACUCUUGUUGAGUUGGACACACAGCACACUCGCACCGGAUACCAAGACAUUUUGUUUUGGUUUGAAUUAUUACUGCCUGUGUCUGUGUGAACAAACCAAAUCAUUCAUGUUACAUCAAUGUACCCUGUAUCAUCUUCUCUGUUCUUCAUGCUGUCCCUGCAGUUUCACAAAACACAAGUAUAGCACAUCGAGGCGUCAGUCAGCAUUUUUAUCAAGAAUCGAGCAUAUCACUUCCCGUUCAUAAUCAAGGCCAUGUGUCGAUGUUCUGUAUAUAAAAUGUUUUUUUUUAUUGUACUUUCCUCUGUUAACCAAAUAGCCUAUAAUAUACAUGUCAUAUGAAGUAGUUGUCACCAUGUUUGUAUAAGAUAGAACUAAAACAGAUGAUAAAAUAAGUUGUCUGUUGCAAAAAAAACCAAAUGAUCAACCAAAUGUGCUUACUAAAAUAAAGCCCAGAUCUUCAGAGA